GGCAGAUACUAAUUGGUGGAAAGUGCGUGGAGCUGCCCGAGUGGAGCCAAACCCAUUUGGCAUUUGGGUAUAUAAACCGAAAAGUCGUGUUUAUUUGAGAUGGUGAAAUUUCAGUCCAUAUCAGACAUCAAAUAAUCGAUUUUCUGGUUCGCGCGAGGGUUGCAAUCUCGGAACUGAUCGUCUCGGCACUCGCCUGCAAAGUGAGUUUCCUUGAUCUCUUGCUUCUUGCACUAUUCUUUUAUACCGUUCGCUGUCGUCGACCAUAGAUCUGGUGUCCCUGCAUCGUGGAUGGCAGGAAGGAUAGGGUUUGUGGAAUGGGUUUGGCGAUUUGCAUGCAGUUCAAUUGGAUUGUUCUUCGCAGAUAGUUCAUGUCUGAUUGAAGUUACAGCGAAAUUAUGGCAGGAGUUCGGCGCGUUCUUAAGGAACGGAGCUCAGAUAAAGCUGUUUGUUGUUCUUUGGGGUGGGACGGAUCUAAUAUGAGUAUUGGUGCCGAAAUUGAUAUGCGAAUCCUAAUUGUUUUGUUUUUUCCCCCUAUCAGUUGGUUUAGAGAAAAAACUCAUAUAGCUAGCGUCCCUAAGCAAUAGGAAUUCUUCGUGUAACUGCUAAUCAAUCUACCUCAGACAUCUUGUUUAUGUGCGUUUAGGGAUUCCAGUUUCAGUUGAAUUUUGAUUGGAUGCGAAACUGGAAUCCACAUCGUUUUAUCCGCUGUUCUUCUUGUAACGGAAUUCUGAUGUGUUAUCUGGAUGGAGCAUAUGGUACCAAUUGUUGGUUGCUCGGGCAUGUGGAUGCAUUUUCAGAUUGGGGAUGUCUCUUUUUACUUUGUUAUAUUUCAUGAUAGAGCGAGCAUGUGAAUGGUGACCCAAGUUGGUGCACGCACUUAGACGACCUCUUUUUAGAUUGAACUGGGCUGACUAGUGCAAGGUGCCUACACUUAUGUUAACAGCCUGGGUUGCCUAGAGCUAGCAUGAGCGCUGUCUGACUGUUUGUUUUUUACUAUGAUACUGAACCAUAAUUCUCUCUGGUCAGUUGUAGAAAUGGCACUAGGUGGAACUGCUCCCCCAAGAGGAAGUGCAGCUGCCGCUGCAAGCAUGCGCCGGAGAAGGACCACGGGUGGCGCUGGUGCUGGUGGGGGUGGUGGUGCUGCAGGAGGAGCAGCGGGAACCAUGCUCCAGUUUUAUACUGAUGAUGCUCCGGGACUCAAAAUAUCGCCUAAUGUCGUACUGUUUAUGAGCAUCGGCUUCAUCGCCUUUGUUGCCAUUCUCCACGUUGUGGGUAAGAUAUACCUUGUUCGGAGGGAGGCUUGAAAGACGUGAUGGAUGCCUUGUGGGUUGACAGCAGCGGAGCUACUCUCGUUCUGUGCUUUUCCUGUAUUUCCUUGACAGUUUUUAUGCACCAAGUGCUAACUUUAGGUCAACGUUGUAUAAUUUCUGCUCUACUCGGUUGGAUUAGUUGGAUUGUGUUAGAGAUAUAGUCUCUUCUGAUACAAACACACAUUAUCAGUUUUGGUGCCUUGACCUAUUGUGGGUACUUCUUCCCUUCCCUUCCCUUGGAGUAAGGAGUCUGUGGUAGGGGAACGGAUUUUAUUGAAGCUUAGGGCAAAGAAAGAGUUAGCCGACAGAUUGCAACAUGGCCAGGAAAAUAACGCAAUCCGUGAGGU